UUCCUUCCCUUCCAUGCAACUCAGCAAUAACGUUCACUCACAAAAUGAAGAGAGCAAGAGAAGAUGAGCAUCAAACCCAGGAUUUGGUCAAUUGCUUGAUGCUACUAUCCAAAGUAGAUCGGAACCAUUCCUCCUCAAUCCGAGAACAAAACUCCUCGGGCCGCGUCUUUGCUUGCAAGACGUGUAACCGGGAGUUCUCAUCGUUCCAGGCCCUCGGAGGCCACAGAGCGAGCCACAAGAAGCCGAAACUAGACGGUGGUGCCGCGGAUCUCUUACAGCUGGCCCAGCCUUCUUUGCCGGUGAAGCCCAAGGCGCACGAGUGCCCGAUCUGCGGGAUGGAAUUCCCAAUCGGGCAGGCGCUUGGGGGACACAUGAGGAGACAUAGAGACGUUAUGAGUUCUGCGGCGGAGCGGAUUAGGGCGGCGGCGGUGCCGGUGUUGAAGAAAUCGAAUAGUAGUAAAAGGGUGUCGUGCCUGAAUCUGGACUUGAAUUUGGCGCCGCCCGGUUAUCAUUUGAUAUCUUAAUAUGUAACUGGGGAUCCGUAGACCAGUGUUGCAGACUUGCAGAUACUGAUUAUUUCUGUAGUCAUUUAAUUGAUUCGUUAUAUAGAUACAGUAGAAAUUUAUUUUUUUAUUUCGUCCUCGAAUCAUUUUGAUAAUUUUGUUUCUUCAAUAUAUUGUUUUGUGUUUUUAAUACAAUGGACGGUUCAAGGCAUCA